UCAGUACUUUGAAUCUUUUGUGUUUUGCGUUUGUUGCGUUUUAUUAAUAAUUAUCACAGGUUUUUCCCAAUUUGUGAUAAUAGUUUAUUUUGAUAAUCCAAACUCAAAUGCAUGAUAGUGCUAAGACUACAAAAAAUCGUAUCUUUCUUUAUUUGGUAACAUGAACGGAGAUUCAUCUUCAACAUUCAUCCAACAAGCCACGUUGGAAAAAUUAAAAUGCACAAGAUGCCAAAAAUACCUCUCAAUUUUACCAAUCCAUAGGAAUCUUCAAGGAGACAUAAUUUGUGGCCGUUGUCCCAUUGAUGAUGCGUCAGGAUUUAUCCGAGACGAACUGUAUGAGAGUGCUAUUGAAUUCCAAAAAUUCCCUUGCACUAACCGUGGCAGUGGUUGCUUGGAAGUACUUUCACCUGCUAAAUUAGCCGAACAUGAAAAAUGCUGUCAUUAUAUGAAGCACGAGUGCCCAACUAAAGUCUAUAAUAAUUGCACUUGGGAAGGAAACUUAGUGGACGUUUUGGAUCAUUUCGAGAAGGCACAUCCUACUUUUAUAUUGAAGGACUGCAAAUAUGAAAUUGAUUUACAAAAUAAUCACAAGGAAAAUUAUUUGAUGCCAUAUGCUGAUGGCUUAUAUGUGAUCACAAGGGAAGGUAAUUCACUAAAAAGAACCUUUUCAGUCAUUGUUAAAUGCUUGAGUGCCAUUGAAAAUACUGCUGAUAAUUUAGUGUACAGUUUGACUUUGGAAAGUGGCAAUAAAGCGCACAAAUAUAUCCAAGAAGAAGUUGUUGGGAAUAAGUUAGAAUUUCAAGGAGACAUUGUAAAAGACAUGCUGCAUGAUCCUAUUACAAUCAUUGCAAAUAUAAGUAUUAAAGAAAAACCUGAGACAAACGCUUCAGUAAUAAGUUCACAUGAUAGUGAAGAGGAUGAUGGUCUUGAUUUGGAUCUACUACACGAGUUUGAAUGUCCUAUUUGUAUGGAAUAUAUGGUGCCACCAAUUUAUCAGUGUGAAAUUGGUCAUAGUUUUUGCCAAGUUUGCAAAGAUACACAAACAGUUUGUCCAAGUUGCAAGGCUGAAUUCAAGAGGACCCAAAAUUUCACUUUAGAACGGGUUAUCAUGAACACAAUUUAUCCUUGCAAACAUUCCGGCUGCAAAUACAAAACUAAAGCCAAAAAUAUAAGGCAACAUGAAGCCACUUGCCUUUGGGGCCCAUUCGAAUGUCCCUUGAAAGAUUUUGAAAAGUGCUCAACAAAUUUUCGAGCAUCCGAAUUAUUCAAUCAUAUCAAAAAUGAGCAUUAUGAAAGUUUGCUUGAGCUUGACACUGUGAGCGUCCCAUUUAAUACUGAAGUGGAUGAAGAUAUUUUGGAAGCAUUCAUAUUGAAACAUGGCCAAUAUUUAUUUAAACUAUGUUUUAAGUAUGAGUGUGAAGAGCAACAGUUUUGUUGGUCUGUUCAAUUAGUAGGCCCUCCUGAAGAGAGUGCUAAAUAUAUGUUUGAACUGGAAAUUAUUGAUGGUAAUGGGAAAAAUUUGAGGCUCUACAUUAAAGCCAAUUGCGCACCAUUGUGUGGAAUAGACUCAACAUUUGAUGAUGAAAAUAGUAUUUAUGUUGAUUAUGAACAAAUUGAAGCCUUUAUUAAGAAUCAACUUACAUAUAGGAUUUUAAUAACUAAAAAAUGUUGAAUUUUUUUAUAUAUUAUUAUUUUUUUUACAUGGGUAUUAAUAUUUUCAGGAUCAUUUUAUUAUUGGAUUAUUGCCAAGGUAGAAGUGAGAAUUAUGUUUAAAGUUGCUUCAUUAUUUUAUUAUUAUCUGACAAAUUAGCCUAAUAAUUUCUUGCGUAGGUAUCACAUUGUUUUUUGUUUUUUUUUUUUUUAAUUUUUUCCAAGCUCAAUAUACUUAUUGAUGUUAGUUUCCAAAAUUUUGAGUUGCACCGAUUGCGGACCAUUCUUGGAAAAUGGCUUACUUAUACAAUUUCACUAAAAACUGUUAAAUUUGUAUAAAGGGUAUUUUCAGUGCCAUAUUAUCAAUUCUAUUGCUAAGGCUGAGGUUAUAGCAGUAAGUAAUUAGUAAGAUUUAUGCUUGAAUUGCUUAUUAUUUAGAAAUAUGUAUGUAUUAUUUUGUAUCCUAUAGUUAUAAAAUAAAAUAGCCCAAUAAUUAUCUUA